CCUCUAUAUAUAACUGAUCACAUAGACUUGUGAUUUAUUGAGCUGUGAAACCGUUUCAAUAUUAUAUUUGUCUUUCUCUAAGUUGUCAGAUGACUUAACAGCAUAUAUAUAUAUAUAUAUAUAUAUAGCAACAAAAGAGUAGUUGGGAGAAUCAAUCUUAGGGAAAUUAAGUGAUCAGAAAUGAGUACUACUACGAAGAGUCAAACGAUGAUACAAAAGAAAAGCUACGGCUCUUUUGGGUCAAUUUUCAUGCAUGCCGAUAGAGCAGAUAUCUUGUUGAUGUUUCUAGGGUUUUUUGGAGCGGUUUGCGAUGGGUUUUCCAUGCCGAUAAUGCUUAUAGUCACCAGCAAACUUAUGAACAAUCUUGGUGAUUCUGACACUUCAAACUCCGAUAAUUUCACCCACCACAUCAAUGAGAAUGCUUUGGUUCUGGUUUUCCUUGCCUGUGGCCAAUGGGUCGCUUGUUUCUUAGAGGGAUUUUGUUGGACAAGAACAGCAGAAAGGCAAGCUUCAAGGCUACGAAUAAGAUACUUGAAAGCAGUUCUAAGGCAAGAUGUGGGCUACUUUGACCUACAUGUUGCUAGCACAGCCGACGUUAUAACUAGCGUCUCAAGUGACAGUCUCGUCAUUCAAGACUGCAUUAGUGAAAAGGUUCCAGUUUUCUUGAUGAACGUAGCAGCUUUUAUUGGAUCAUACGUGGUAGGAUUCUUGAUGCUGUGGAGGCUGGCAUUAGUAGGAUUUCCCUUUGUUAUUUUCCUGGUAAUUCCAGGUCUCAUGUACGGAAGGGCUCUAAUGGGCAUAGCCAGAAAAAUCAGGGACGAAUAUGGCAAAGCUGGAACAGUUGUGGAGCAAGCAAUUUCUUCUGUUAGAACAGUUUAUUCCUUUGUGGGAGAAAACAAAACAAUAGCAGAGUACUCUGCUGCACUAGAGGGAACUGUAGAAUUGGGACUAAAGCAAGGUUUAGCAAAAGGCUUGGCUAUUGGAAGUAAUGGCAUAGUAUUUGCAAUUUGGGGCUUCAUGUCUUAUUAUGGUAGCAGAUUGGUCAUGUAUAAUGGAGCACAUGGUGGCACCGUUUUUGCCGUCGGCGCUGCAAUUGCUAUCGGUGGACUAUCACUGGGUUCUGGUUUGUCAAACGUGAAGUAUUUUUCCGAAGCAAGCGCGGCUGGUGAACGUGUAAUGGAAGUGAUAAAAAGAGUACCAAAAAUAGACUCAGAUAACAUGGAAGGCCAAAUACUGGAAAGCAUAACAGGGGAAGUGGAAUUCAGACACGUGGAAUUCGCAUACCCGUCGAGACCCGAAAGCAUAAUUUUGAAAGACUUAAAUUUAAAAGUUCCAACAGGUAAAACAGUGGCAUUAGUGGGAGGAAGUGGGUCAGGAAAGUCAACAGUAGUAGCAUUGCUACAGAGAUUUUACGAACCACUUGCAGGAGAGAUAUUUGUGGAUGGAGUCGCUAUUGAUAAGUUGCAGCUCAAGUGGCUAAGGUCUCAAAUGGGUUUAGUGAGUCAAGAGCCAGCACUAUUUGCAACUACAAUUAAGGAAAAUAUACUUUUUGGGAAAGAGGAUGCAUCUAUGGAACAAGUUAUUGAGGCUGCAAAAGCUUCUAAUGCUCAUAAUUUCAUCUGUCAGUUGCCUCAGGGUUAUGAUACCCAGGUGGGAGAGAGAGGUGUACAAAUGUCAGGGGGGCAGAAGCAGAGGAUAGCCAUAGCAAGAGCCACAAUCAAGUCGCCCAGAAUACUCCUCCUAGACGAGGCAACCAGUGCACUUGACUCUGAAUCAGAACGCGUCGUGCAGGAAGCUCUAGACAAGGCCGCUGUUGGCCGCACCACAAUCAUCAUAGCCCAUCGCCUCUCAACUAUUCGCAAUGCUGACCUUAUAGCCGUGGUCCAAGAUGGUCAGGUCAAGGAAAUUGGCUCACACGAUGACCUGAUUGAAGAGGAAAACGGACUAUACACCUCCUUAGUCCGUCUCCAACAAACCGAAAAACCAAGUGAUGAAUUCUACAUUGCAUCUACCAAUAAAAGCAUUGCCUUCGCCCCAUCGAAUUUAAAUCCCGGAUCCGUCUCGGACUAUGACAUGCAAAAUACAAGUAGCCGAAGGCUUUCGAUUGUGAGCCGGUCGACUUCAGCAAACUCAGCUGCGCAAAGCCGUAGAGAGGAUCAAAACGCAACAAUUUCCAGUACUACAGAACAAGUAUUUCCUGUACCUUCAUUUAAAAGGCUGCUGGCUAUGAAUUUGCCAGAAUGGAAGGAAGCAACAUUGGGAUGUAUAGGAGCAAUAUUAUUUGGUGGAGUUCAACCAGUGUAUGCUUUUGCAAUGGGGUCAAUGAUUUCUGUCUAUUUCUUGCCUAGUCAUGAUGAGAUUAAGGAGAAGACUAAGAUAUAUGCUCUGUGUUUCCUGGGACUGGCAUUCUUUUCCCUUAUUGUCAAUGUACUUCAGCACUAUAAUUUUGCAGCCAUGGGAGAGCAAUUGACUAAAAGGGUCAGGGAAAGGAUGUUGUCCAAGAUGCUUACUUUUGAAAUUGGGUGGUAUGACAAAGACGAGAAUUCCACUGGUGCUGUUUGCUCUAGACUAGCCAAGGAUGCCAAUGUGGUGAGGUCUUUGGUUGGGGACAGGAUGGCACUACUCAUUCAAACAAUCUCGGCGGUGACCAUUGCUUGCACCAUGGGCCUAGUUAUCGCAUGGAAACUUGCAUUGGUUAUGAUCGCGGUGCAGCCUCUCAUCAUAGUGUGCUACUAUUGCAAGAGAGUGCUAUUGAAAAGCAUGUCUAAGAAAUCCAUAAAGGCACAAGAAGAAAGCAGCAAGUUGGCAGCUGAAGCAGUUUCCAAUCUCAGAACUGUAACAGCCUUCUCCUCCCAGGCCCGAAUCCUUCAAAUGCUCAAGAAAGCCCAAGAAGGCCCACAACGAGAAAGUAUACGCCAGUCGUGGUUUGCUGGAAUCGGGCUUGGUACUUCCAACAGUCUCAUGACAUGUACCUGGGCUCUUGAUUUCUGGUAUGGUGGCAAACUCAUGGCAGCAGGGGAAAUUGGAGCAAAGGCACUCUUCCAGACCUUCAUGAUUUUAGUUAGCACUGGACGUGUCAUUGCGGAUGCUGGAACAAUGACUAAUGACCUCGCCAAAGGUGCCGAUGCAGUUGGGUCAGUCUUUUCAGUGUUGGAUCGGUAUUCCUUAAUCGAGCCAGAGGAUUCAGAAGGUUACAAGCCCAAGAAACUAAUCGGCAAUGUUGAGCUUUGUGGUGUGGAUUUCGCGUACCCUGCUAGACCCAAUGUGAUUAUCUUCAAGGGGUUCUCAAUAAAAAUUGAAGCAGGAAAAUCAACAGCAUUGGUAGGACAAAGUGGAUCAGGAAAGUCCACUAUAAUUGGUCUAAUAGAAAGAUUCUAUGAUCCCUCAAGUGGCACAGUGAAAAUAGAUGGCCGUGACAUAAGAUCAUACGACUUGAGAUCAUUGAGGAAACACAUUGCACUUGUCAGCCAAGAACCAACAUUAUUUGCAGGAACCAUAAGGCAAAACAUAGCCUAUGGAGCAUCAGAAGAAGUGGAUGAAUCAGAAAUAAUUGAGGCCGCGAAGGCAGCAAACGCUCACGAUUUCAUCUCAGCACUAAAAGAUGGAUAUGAGACUUGGUGCGGGGACAGGGGACUGCAGUUGUCAGGUGGCCAAAAACAGAGAAUAGCGAUAGCACGGGCAAUACUGAAAAAUCCAGGGGUGCUGUUGUUGGACGAGGCAACAAGUGCAUUGGACAGUCAAUCUGAGAAAGUAGUACAAGAUGCACUUGAGAGAGUGAUGGUUGGCCGAACAAGUGUGGUGGUGGCUCACAGGCUAAGUACUAUACAGAAUUGUGACACCAUUGCUGUACUGGACAAAGGCAAAAUUGUGGAGAAAGGGACUCACUCUUCUUUGUUAGCUAAAGGGCCUAGUGGAGUUUACUACUCUCUUGUUAGCCUUCAAAGAACACCAAACUCUAGCAACACCUUCAUCAAUUAAUCAUCAUCAAAUGAGAAUAUUCCCAAAUAAUCUUGAAAAUCAGUAGCCUCUUUUUCGUUUCUUGUUUUUCACCUUCAUUCCCAAAGAACUCUUUGGGAUAUUUGUUGGCUGCUUGGAAGUCUUUGUCCCAUUUUAAAUGUAUAGAUAUUUUGGUAUUUUUAUCAAUACAUUUAACUUUAUAGCUGGUUACUUGAAUCA